GUCAUUCAUUCAUUGAUCCAUUCAUUCGUCCAGUGUGGGUGAGUGGAUGUACUACAGUGGUUGGUGGGGGUGGGGGCGGCUUCUGUGUGAGUUGAGUGUGUGUGAUUGUGUGAGUGUGUGUGAUUGUGUGAGUUGUGUGUGUGUAAGGUGUCAUGUGUGAGUUGCGUGUACAUAAAUAACACCAUCUCAGAGAUGACUGUCAGACUCCCAACGAAUAAAAAUCUCCCUUGCAAUACAAAUACGGCCACACUCACUGAACAGACAGUGGCCGGGCGGGAAAAAUGACAGCAAGCUGCCCUCUCAAGCGGUCACCACACGUCUGUCUGUCUACUCAAACACCCUCACAUAUGCACAGCACGCAACUACACACACUUUCAGAAACACACACACACACACGAGACGCAUCUAUCCCUCUCCGUCUCUGUCUCUGCCACGCACUCUCAGACACCGCCACAGAACACAAAAACUCAUUCAUUCACUUAUUUAUUCGUCGAUCAUCUCGACUUCUGUGACGGCCGGUGGUGCGACGGUGGGGUCGGGCGGGUAGCGGAAGAGCCAGUCACGGAACCUCUCCAGCUCUGCCAGGUGCUCGUCCAGACGAGCCUGCCCGCCCUUGACCAACUCGUUGCCCCGCUGGAUCAAACCAGACUGAAGACAGACACACAACAUAAACACAGAGGGGGAGAGCUGGUGCGGGUGAAGGGGCGGGUGGGGGCGAAUGUACCUUGGCGCAGAAUCUUUGCACGAGUGUGGCGCGGUGGACCCGCAUCUCCUCGUACUCGCGGACAGCCGCCGGCAGGAGGGCGUUCAUCUCUGUGAAGCACAUCGACAUCGCAGCACAUCAACUCAGCUAGCUCACCAUCAACAGCACAGCACAGCAAGGAAAGCCGCCCGCCUCACUCACAUAACAUACACAAGAGAGAGCGUCCCAGUACCUGCCGACUGGACCUUGUCAGCUCCGAUGUCAGCGAUGAUCUUGUCGAUGGCCGCAGUGAGGCAGUGCACGUCCUGAUUGGUCAGAUCGACACACCGACCAACACACACAACACGCCGUGUGUGUGUGUGUGUGUGCGACUCGGUCGCUUGGCUUGCCUCAAAGGUCUGGUUGGCGCCCUGGCCUGGAUCAGGGUGGGGGGCGUGCGCAGCGUCACCCAGCAGCACCACACGACCCUACGCACACACACGCGCACACACAUUGAAAGACAGGUGCAAUGCAGACACAUCACACAGCAGACACAAGACACAAACAAGGGCAUACAGACUUACGGAGGGUGUGCUCCACUGCUUGAGUGCCUUCCUCGCGUAGAUGCCUCUCUGGUAGAUGCGGCUGGCGGGGGUGGCCUUGACGCAAGCCACGAUGUCGGCCACCUGACGCGGCACCUCCUCGCCCUUCUCGCCACCCCCUCCAGCUCCAGCAGCACCGCCACCGCCACCGCCACCGCCCCCUCCACCACGUGUGAGGUAGGCGAUGACCUCCUCCUUCAGCCCCGCCGCACCGAUCUUGCCGCGGCCGUCGAAGUGCCACGCCUCCACACGCACCUGCACAUUGACACACACACAGACAUACACACACAGACAUACAUUGUGGUGUGGUGGGGUGGGCUGGGCUGGGAUGGGUAACAGACCUGCCAGAAGGUUUGGCCGUGUCCGCAUGGGCACAUGAUGCAGCUGAGCGGCGGGUCCUCGACGACCAGCUUGACCAGCUCGUGGGGGGCGUGCACCGGCUUGGUGGGGGAAACGAUCGACUGCACACACGAAAAUUUCGCCACGUGCGAGUGCGUGUGAGAGUGUGUGUGAGAGUGUGUGUGUCUGUGUCUGUGUCUGUGUGUUGGGGGAGGGGGAGGGGGGGAAGGUGCUCACGGAUGUAUCGACGAUGGCGUUCCAGUUCUUCUGGCCUGUUGGAUGCAUUGCAUUCGAUGGCAUGACAUGGCUGGGGAGAGAGAUGCAAAGCAAAGCAGCGCAUACGUACCGAAGAAUAUGGGUGAGUCUUCCUCUGGCGGCAGCCCCGUGAUGCGCCUGCGCAGCGUCGAGAAGGCGCCGUCAGCCACCACCACCAAGUGGGCCCUGGUUGAGAGACAAGAUACACACACGCAACUCACUCACCCUUGACACACAAAACACUGUUUGUGUACUUGCCUGACGGUGUAAGUGUCAGGCUGCCCCUGGAAGCGCACAGUGACCUCGGCGCCCUCCUCUGUGAAGUCCCGCCCGCCGUGUGAGCAGUGGAUGGCCUCCUUCGGACACAGAGACGCCAGGUGGUUCUGAUGCACCCACCGGCCCCAAACGAAGGACACACACAUGAUGCCAGGCCAUGCUGCCCCAUCCCAUACCCACACACAGGCACAGGCAUGGCACCUGAGCGUGUGUCCAGGGGAUGAUGACCGAGGCUGACUGGUACUGCUGCUCGAACAGGCCAAAGUCGCGAGAAGAGGCCGUCUCCUGAAGGAAGGCACAGACACACAACACGCACGAGCACAGAGAGGGAAACACAACCAACAGGCGUCUGUCUGUGUGCGUCGGUCGCUCCCUGUGUGUGUGUGUGUGUGUGUUAGACUCACUCACAGCCAGACAGACUGACUUACCGUGCCGUCGGCCUUGCGGAGCUUGUGGACGCAGACGGGCUUGGCGCACCCCGACUUCUUGAACAUCUCCACCACUUGAGGAAUGGCCCUCUCUAAGGCGCGCAUGCCGUUGGGGUAGCAGUGGAACACACCCUGGCCACAUACACACACACACAGACAGAAACAUACACAGACGCGCACAAAGGUGCAGGUGGCUCUGGUGUAGGUGGCUUGGGUCGAUGGCUUGCUUACCUGCGACUGGUAUCUCAGGUCAGGCGCCCUCUCAAACACGUGUGCAUCCAGCCCUCGAGACCUACACGCAACACACACAAAGACACCCAUCCAUCCCUCUCCCUCCCUCCCUCCCUCCGACAAGUAAGUAGUACUCUCUAUUCACCUGAGGGCCGCCCCGAGAGCGAGCCCCCCCAGACCGCCCCCAAUGAUGGCCACCUGCACAAAGGCCGGUGCCUUCACGCCCUCGGGCACCAUGACGUGCUGCGAGGGGGCGCUGUAGUAGUAGUCACUGGGGGCCGCGUCGGUCGAUGGCGAUGGGGCGGGGUGGUGUGGCUGUAGGUGUGCUGGUGUGGAGGGCUGGGUGGAUAGGGGGAGGGAGUGGAGGUAGCUCAGCACCUCGCUCUCUGACUUCACUUCUGCGUACUUUGCCUGCACGCACACACACACACACACACACACACAUGGAUGGACACACAUAAAGGACAAAACAGGUGUGGCUUGCCUGCAGAUCGAAGAGGCUGGCGUCAUGCACCUCCUGCCGCCUAUCCCCCACGGCCUCCCGCACCACCACCGGCACAAAGCCGUGCUGCAGGCAGUCGGUCGCCGUGGCGCGGAUGCAGCCACUCGUCGACACGCCACAUAUGAUGAGCGUGUCCACACGGAGGGCACACAGCGAACUCGCCAGAGACGUCCCGAAGAAGGCGCUCGCGUAGUUCUUGACAAUCACCACCUGUGCACACACACACAGGUGGCAGAGAGGAAGAUGCUCACUCACUCAACGAUGUGCAUGUGUGUGUGUGUGUGUGUGUGUGUGUGUGGUGCCUACCCACCUCUGUGGGCAGUGGCUGCAGCGCCUGCGGGAACCGUCCCAGAGGGUUGCCCUUGACGAAGCACUUGAGAGCGGGCACCUUUCGGAAGAACAGUCCGCCACUCACGCCCCUGUCGUCAUACUCACUACAACGUACACACAAACGUACACAAAAGACAACCGCCAUUCAUUGCACUGCACUGCUUGCCUCUCUCUCUCCGGCCAUGGCUUGGCUGCCUACACAGUGGUGUGGAAGACCGGCACGCCCGCCGCCCUGGCCUCCCUCAGCAGCCGCUGGCACGAGUCCAGGGCCCGCUCGGCGAGCGCCCCGGCGUACAGCGGCGAUGAGGGCAGCAGGUACGCUUCCACAAAGUCGACGAUGAGCAGCGCCGGACGGCUGCCCACAGGCAGAUGCCCGUCGAACGCGCCCUUGUAGUUGGCUGUCAGCUCGGUGGACAUCG